AUGAAGAGCUGCCCCCAGCUUCUUGCCCUGAUCUAUGUAAAUGGAGGGCUAAGACUCAUCCAAUCCAUGGGACCUCAAGCUCAGGACAGGUCCCAAUCCCCCACCAGAAGCUGUGCUCUGCUAGGGUCUGAAUGCCAUGGUGAUCACCUAACACUAGGACUGAUGCUCUUUGCCAGUGUGCUGGGGACUUGCCUUGAAGCUGCCAAAAUCACUGUGGGCUUCCAUGCCCCCUGGAACAUCGCCCAUCCCUGCAGUGUGCAGAGGCUGGGGGCAGGCAUGGACAAGGUCAACUCAGAGCCAGUGGGCCUGGGAAACUUCAGCUGGGAGUUCACUUACACCAACUCCACCUGCAGUGCCAAGGAGUCCCUUGCUCUUUUUAUCAACCAGGUCCGGGGAGGACAYAUUUCUGCCCUGUUUGGACCAGCAUGCCCUGGAGCAGCAGAGGGUGCUGGUUUGCUGGCUUCUGAGUGGAAGAUCCCUGUUUGACUUUGUUGGAUCAAUGGCCAAGUUGAAGAGCCAUUUUUUUGUAUGAUACUUGCGUUGACACUUGUGCUAUCCAAGCAGGAAAAAGAUGAUGUGCUUCAGAAAAGGUCUACCUUUCUGAAGGUUUCCAACCUAGGUCUCUCGUACCUAGGUUGGAAACACAUUGGGUUGUUUGGAUGCCACUGGGCCUCCUCCUGGGAUAGUGGGAAUGAGCUAUGGAGGGUUGGAGAUGAACUAAAAUCCCAUUUCACCAUCACUGCCAGCAGCAUGAGACACACCAGCAGUAACCGAGUCCUCCUUCAGGAGGAUCUCAGAAGCAUGUCAUCAGUCGCCAGAGUUAUCAUCUUUAUCUGCAACUCAGAGGAUGCAAAAAUUAUUCUGCGGGCUGCAGAGAACCUGGGACUCAGCACUGGAGAAUUUGCCUUUAUUAUUUUGCCACAGUUGGAGGUAGAUGCUGACCCGCACUCAGUGGCUCYGGUAAUGAGAAUGGAGUCCUUGCUCUCCCAUGCAGAGCGUGGCUUCUGGGAGCAGGCCUACCAGAAGCUGAGGAGGGUGCCCUUCAUCUCCUUGGAGGAGCAGAUGAGCCCUUACUCUGCCUAGCUGCACGAUGCUGUCCUGCUGUACGCACAGAUGAAAGAGAUAGUCCAGGUCAGGAGAGAAUUUCAGGAUGGGUGGCAGCUGGUCAGCACCCCAAGAGCCCAUUACACUGCACUUCAGGGGGAGCAGCCAUGUGCUGGGGGUUUCUGGACUCAGGAAUCACAGGGCCCUGUGUUUGUGAACUCCCAGGGAAAAAGGUACAUGGAUCACUCAGUCUACAUCCUACAGGAAUUUGGAAAUGAGUUCCUUUUUCUUCCUUUACUUCAUUAUGAUUGCUCUCAGAAAGUAAUCAGACCAUUAAGAAAUUUCUCCAACAUUACUUGGUCUCAUGGUUCCCUCCCUGAAGUCAGACCCAGCUGUGGGUUUUACAAGGAGCUCUGCAAAACAAAGCCUACUUUAACAGGCAAAAUAGACAUUGGGUGGCAAAUUAACUAUGUUAACAUCACCAUCCUGCCCCAGAGCAAGCCACCUGGGAGAGGCACACCUGUAUCAAGAGGCAACAGUAGUAAGGCAUCUUGUAGGAUGAGUUCUGCUGACCUCAGCACCUUUGUCAAGAGCCUGGGGGCAGGGAGAAUUGGUGGGGAGCUCUUUUAUGCCCCCAGUAGGGCUUUGCCAGGCAUCCUUUCCUCCCUGGAGCUCCCACUACAGUCCUGCGUCCUGUGUAGUUACCCCCACCUAAAAGGAGCAGAUCUGGGAUUGGCACAGAGCUSAUACUGUAUCUUCUUCUACCUCACACCUACCCCAGUACUGUGUUUUGUGAUGGUUAAAAGCAGACACAAUAGAGAAAACAUGACCAUCUGCUAUGUUGGUGACCAAGCAGAAGCAUGGGAUAGGAAGCUGACUGUGUGGCAGGAAGUCCAGCUGGUGUGUGAAUUAAGGCAUGAGAACAUCAUCCCCUUCUUUGGUAUUUACAACAUCUGUAUUGUCACCCAGUAUUGCAAAAAAGGAAGUCUUUUUUUUGGGGGGGGGGAUAUUUUGAGUAACUCAGAUCAUGAAAUGGAUUGGAUAUUCAAAUKCUCAUUUACAGGUAGCCAAGGUGGGGGCAGAGGAGACUCCUGGUGGAUGCAGAUGCGCUCCUGCCUGGAUCUGCGUGGAGAAGCCAGAGCCCCUCAGCACAGCUCCCACCCACACUGUGAUGUCAGCAUCCCCAGGGCUGAGGGUCUCCUGGCUGGCUACGAUUUCAGGGGCAACAUAGAGGAGAAUGGCAAAGAACUUCUUCAGCUUCUUCCCAGCUGUGAAUCUGGUGCUCAGGCCAAAGUCGAUGAGCUUCACGUUGCCACUGGCGUCCACCACCACGUUCUCAGAGGCUUCAGGUCCAGGUGCAAGAUGCCUUCUGGCACCAUCUGCCUGAACAGUCUGCGGGCCUCCUCCUCCUGCRUGCCAGAGGAACAGGGAGCUCGAGCUACUUUUGCCAAGACCUUUACCACAACCUCUGUCCUGACGGGGUCCAGUUUGCCUUCUCAGGGGCUGGACACUGUCUGCUCCCCUGUCCCUCCCCAAGGACCCCCGGGGGGCUUUUGGUAUUGCAAGUCUGCUCUCUCUCCACGCAACCCCCAGGGCCUUGCAGAGCUCACCGAACAGCCCCGAGCUGCCCAGAGCUCCCCAUCGGGCACCCCAAGGGCAGACGUCUACAGCUUUGCCAUUCUCCUGAGGGACUUUAUCCACCACCAGGACCACGCGCCCUCGAUGAGGGCAACCUCGAUGAGGCASCCUGCGAAAGACCCCGUGGCACCAGUUCUGCAUCCACCUUCCCUGCCGGAGAAGGGUGACGAAAAGGUCAUGGGCAUGGUGAGGGCAUGUUGGGGGGCUCCAGGGAAAAGGCCCAGCUCCCCUYCCAUCAGGAGAACUGUAAGAGAAGCUACAGGCCACGUGAGCAUACCAGAUAGUAUGACGAGCAGGCUGGAAGAGUAUGCCGCCCUGGAGGACAGACUGGAAGAGAGGACCGGCCAGCUGAUGGCAGAGAAGAAGGUGGAGAAGCUCCUGUCUACAAUACUGCCCAGGCUCUCCGGAGCAUUGAGGAUUGGAGCUAAAGGGGAAGUGGCAACAGUUACCUGCCUGGUGCUGCUCAGGGCGAAAUCUGAAUAUGUCCUGAAGUGGGAAGCAGCUGAGGGGAGGACAGCAAAUCCAGCCACCAUCUGGCUCCUCCAGGUGGCGCUGCUGAUGCUGCUUUCUGCAUUUUCCGACUUUUUGAAUGGGGUCAAUUGUGGCUCCAGGGACAACGCAUUCAUGGUGGCUAGUGGACUUCCCAUGUGCAACGGAACCCGACACGUGGAUGGGAUUGCCACCAUGUCUCUUCCCUUCCUUAGUGCCAUCCUCCACUGCCAGAGUGGGCACAUGCCUGAGGAGAAGCUCAAGCCCUGGAUUGGCCUCCACACAGAUAUACUCAGGGGUCCAGCCCAUUGGCAGUCCCCCCUGCAGAUGAUGUGGUGGCUAGUGUGGGGGGAAUUCACCAUGACCGGAUACUGUCUGUUUGGAGACACCGUGAACACGGCAUCCAGAAUGGAAAGUAGYGGUUUGCCUCUAUGGAUCCAUGUUGCUCAGAGCACUGCAGAUGCCUUGCUGGCAAUAGGCGGCAAUCUGCAAAAGAGAAGCACCAUUCCAGUCAAGGUAAGGCCAGAACAAACGACUUUUUCGUUGAAAGGCCAAGAAGGCUUCGCCAGUCCACUCCCCGGGUUUACUGAGCAAGAGGCUCAAGUUCCAGAGAUCUUGUGA